AUGGAAGGCAUGGAGUUCUUCAUCGAGGAAUCUGGAGCAGGGCUUGUACCGCGUUUUGAUGCCGGAGUUGUCUUAAGAGAUCUAGUUGCCGGCGCACAACUAGUUGAGGGUGACACGAAUGGAACUGGCGAUGCGAAGGAGGACCUGAUUUCUUCUGUGCCGAUAGGACUAGCUGGAAGCCGCAUGGAUUACGAAGGGGGCGAGGAUAUUGGUGAAACAGUGCGCACUGGGAGGGAGGUCUGCGGCUCGUAUGAUCUUGGCGGCGAAGGGAUGGGUGAUUCCUGCGAGAUAGGCGAUUCAAAUAUUUCGUCUGAUGUCGCGGACCAGGAUGCAGACGAGGAGGGCGUGGGAGUAACCAAUGCUAGUCAAUCUUCUUGGACCAGGAGGGUCAGAGUUGGGAAGGCAGAGGAUGAGAGGGAGCCGAGCCCUUCAAGGAUGUCUGCCCUCGAAGCUUCUGUCCGUGCAUAUGUCGAUAAAAAAUCAGGAAAGGUUGUCAAUCCAUCGAUUGGGACUAGUUUGAUUCUGUCGAAGAAGGAUACGAGUUUUACAAUAUGUAUUCCUGGGAGACCGUCUGAAUGUACACCGGAAAAAAUGCAUGCAGGAGAUUGUACAGGCAGAGAAGCGAGAGUGCAAACCACCUACUGAAAGGGUAUGUACCACUAGGGUGCCCCAUGCACUUGUUCAUCAGGCAGUAUGAGAAAAAUGCAAUUUGACCGUGACUCAGAAGAAAGUUACCAAGAGAAAAGGACAAAACUAGUAAGUUCGAAUAUGUCUCUGCGUAUUUGGGUGAUGUUGCAUUGCUGUUGUUACAAUAAGAAGAUGCUUAUGGAAACUGAUUUCAUUUUGAUGCGGUUGUCCUGAAGCAAAAUAUCCCAAAUGAGGUACAUGCAUCGUAGGUUUAUACCAGGACAAUGUUUGAAAAUUUUGGUAAAGUGCUGUAUGAACGUGGGUUGUAUGAUCUAGUAAAAGUCAAGCCGGGUUUGGAGUACAUUACUAGGCACAUCAAAUUUCAGUCGAGGGAAAAGUGGUGCAAGAAUGAGUUUGUGAUCUCCGUGAGCGAGUCAGCUGAUGAGUUCAAGUGCGAGU